AUCCAGAAACAACCCUCAAAGUCAACCAACACCACAGGAGACUGCAUAAACACUCAACCCAAGAAGCAUUGAAGAAAGACAGCAAGAAGGAACUUAAUCUCGAAGAUGGCUGUUCGGUGUCGAUUUGAAUCCUCCUCAGACGUCGGUGUAUUUGCCAAUCUCACAAAUUCGUACUGUCUGGCCUCACUAUCCACUGGCUCAACCAACUUUUACUCGACUUUUGAAUCUGAGCUUAGUGAGGUCAUUCCGGUGAUCCAUACCACGAUUUCAGGGACAAGGAUCAUCGGGAGACUCACUUGUGGCAAUCGGCAUGGUCUCUUGGUCCCCGCCACUACCACCGAUCAAGAAUUGCAACACCUGAGAAAUUCGUUACCUGACAGCGUGGCCAUGCAGCGGGUAGAGGAGAGAUUAUCGGCUUUAGGAAACGUGAUAGCGUGCAAUGAUUAUGUAGCACUUGUCCAUCCCGAUAUCGAUAGAGAAACCGAAGAGAUCAUUGCAGAUGUCUUGCAGGUCGAAGUCUUCCGUCAGACGGUUGCAAACAACGUACUCGUAGGAUCCUAUUGCGCACUCUCAAAUCAAGGUGCAUUGGUACACCCAAAGACAAGUAUCCAAGCUCAGGACGAGCUGAGUAGCUUGCUUCAGGUUCCCUUGGUUGCUGGGACAGUCAACCGAGGAUCAGACGUGAUUGGAGCCGGCUUGGUAGUCAACGAUUGGUGUGCAUUUAUCGGCUUGGACACAUCGGCCACAGAAGUCUCGGUGAUCGAGGCGGCCUUCAAGCUACAAGGCCAAGACACAUCAGCUAUUGCGGGGAUGCGGGACACGUUGAUCGACCAGUUUGCAUAAACAUUUGUAAUCCGAAACUUCCAACUAUCAUCCCCUCUGAAGGUCGCCAAUCGAAGUAUGAAGAAUCGUAUCAAUUUAUCCUCACACCUCGCUUUGAUUCCGGUAUAGCAGUAUUUUACGCAUCCCUCGUGCGCUUUAAUGAAUGUCCCAAGUCCAGAUUUCGCCCUCCAUGUGACCAAGCAACUCUUUUUCUUCACUAUCGUGUCCAACAACCUGAUC